UUUAUUUUUACAGUGCAGUAUACAGAAUGUAUAAUUUUAGUGGUGCUCAUAUUUAAUUGCAGUAAUAUUCUCCAUCCAUGCAAAACCUUCUUAAAGAAGGGCAGAACAUGUAAGAGAGAGGGAGGAGAUACAGUAACAUACAGUAAUACAGAACCAUCUUGCCUCAGAGGAAAUUGUCCACACACAGCAGUGCUGGAAGUGAAACGUUGCUCUGCAUCACAAAGAGAGAGAGAGAGAGUGGGAAUAAAAGCGGAUGAAAUCGGGCUUUUCGUCAGUUUGCAGCUGAUCAUCACUCUUCAUCAGAGGGUCUCUGACAUUCUUUAAUUAUUCAUUCUCUUCUUUCCUGCCCUUGUACUUUUUCUUUGAAGAAACGAGGACACAGAGGUUGUGACAAAGUUGGACUUAUAUUGAGUCUUUUCAUGGUGUUUCAUUGACUGGAUCCUUCAUUGAUUUCUGUGCAUCCUAUCCGAGCGGAAACUGAGCUCUCAGGAGAAAGAACAGGAUUUCACACUGUCGAAGACAAUCAAACACUUUUCUCAUCUGUAGCUUCUUUUCAGUCGAGUCUGUGGGUGUAACUUAGUUGAUUCUCAAAGGUCCUGGAUUUUGGUUCUCCUUUCUGAUGGUUCCAUUUUACUCUGUUGCUUGACUGUCUGAUCUGUCUUUGAGCUGAAUAUUGAACUCGUUUGGACAUUGUGAGGAUGUCCGGCUGUGCCAGGUGCUGCAAACACGGGUUAGUGAAGUUUGCUCUGUCUGUGGGCAAACUGGUGACGGGAACACUCAUUAAAGAUAAGUUGUAUGAUGAUCUGGAGCUGUCUGUGGUGUGUCACCGUCCCGAGGGUUUGGAGCAGCUGGAGGCUCAAUCCAACUUCAGCAAGAAAGAGCUGAAAGUGCUGUACAGAGGCUUUAAAAACGAGUGUCCCAGUGGUGUGGUCAACGAGGAGACGUUCAAACAGAUCUACUCGCAGUUCUUUCCUCACGGCGAUGCCAGCACAUACGCACAUUACUUGUUCAACUCCUUCGACUCUUCCCAGAAUGGAUCCAUCAAAUUUGAGGACUUUGUAACGGCGUUGUCCAUCUUACUUAGAGGAACAACAACAGAGAAGUUACAGUGGACCUUCAACCUGUACGACAUCAACAGAGACGGUUACAUUAAUAAAGAGGAGAUGACUGAUAUAGUGAAAGCCAUAUAUGACAUGAUGGGCCGCUUCACGUAUCCUGCUCUGAAGACAGACACUUUCAAACAGCAUGUGGAUGCUUUCUUUCAGAAAAUGGACAAGAACAGAGAUGGAGUCGUCACUCUUGAUGAGUUUAUUCUCUCCUGUCAAGAGGAUGAAAACAUCAUGAGUUCAUUGCAGCUCUUUGAGAAUGUGAUAUAGCGCCACAGGAAGAAAGAAACCAAUGAACUGUUGAAUCUGAUCAAAAAAGGAGGAAUAACUUUUACCCCAAUCACCAUGGUUACAGUUUGACAUCACCUUGUUACCAUGGCCGACUGUUUGAUUUACGUGUCGGGAAAGCGGUGUGUCCUUUAAACCCCGGUGUUUGACCUCGUCCUGUUGCAGAUGUGAGACUUGCACAUUAAUACCUAAAAAAAAUGGAACUAGUUAAAAGAGCAUGUCAGUAAUUGUGUGUCAAAGGCCCAGUGGGUUUCCUAGAGGUCCUGUAGAAGCCAACUGAGCUCUUUCCAUGGGACUGAAUUUACUGUGAAGGAUUUGAAAAUAUGUCACUGAUAUCUGAUUCAUUUUAACCUGUUUAUGGUGGAUUUCAGGUACGUGUUUGCUGAACAACAUUCGAUACACUCGACCUGUGAGAGUUCUCCAGCUAAUGUGCAACAUAUAUUCAGCACAUCUUAUCCUAAGACCAUUUUUAUGUGUCCAUCAUUUAAGUAGAAAUGCUAAUCCAGUAGUAUAACCAGUGGUUUUCUCAUGAACCGACCAAUCAGCAGUCAUUUAGCCGGCUUUGCAGAAGUUGCUUGUCCACUGUGAAGUGAGAGUUUUGCGCUGUUUGUUUUUGCCAGUAUUUGUCAUGUGCUUGUGCAUCUCCUCAUCCUGACCAUCACUGCUUGCUGUUCGUGUCCAUUAUUAGCGAUAGUCUGCAUUCAUAGGCGGAGCGUGUGUAAGGCUGGGCACGGGGACUUGGGGCAAGAAU